UUGUGCAAGAAUUCAAGUUUUUUCUGGGAACGGUGGCAAGGGAUUCCGAACUUGCACCGCUUAACUACAGAAAUUUUCCAAGCCUAUCAACACUUGAUAAGAUAUUGGAUUAUGUCCAGGAGAAGUAUAUGGUCCCCCAUGCCGGGUUUAAUUGGGUGAUGGAUGCUGUAAAUAGUUGUUGGAAAUAUUAUAAAUGCCAAAUCAAGAAGAAACACUUCUAUGCUUAUGAUACGGAUGAUUUAAGGUGGAAACAUAAACCAGAUACAAUCUCCGAUCAGAUGUUCCAAGAUCUUCUACAAUAUUGGCAUACCGAUGAGGAGAAGGCAGUUAGCGACAGUAAAAAAGGCAAUCGUCUAAUGUUAGACGAUAUGCACACUUUGGGACGCAAAUCAUAUGCUAUUUUACGCCAUGAGUUGCAACAACAAGAUCCAGACAAGAAAGAACCUUCUCAAGCAAAGGUUUAUAAGGAAUCAAGAAAAAGAAGUGCUGAAAGGACAUACAUUAGCAGCUCUGAAAAAGCAAAAGAGAAUAUUGCCAAAAUUGAUGCUUUGGAGUCAGCAUAA